AUGCCUGCUUUGUACGCCCCACCAAGGGAACGGAUGGGCGAGAUAGACCCGCAUCUCAUCAAACGCAGCGCCGUUUCGGUCAACCACACGCAGGCUGUUACUCUUGGUGUUAUGGCGGUGUAUGUGGUAGUCAUAGCGUUGUUGUGGAAUCUGCCAUAUGUUCGUUGGUCUCUUUGGCCCUUCAAGAUGUUGGUGAUCGCAUUUCACGAAUUUGGUCACGCUAUCACCGCUUGUUGCACUGGCGGAAGAGUUAAAUCAAUCUCACUUGAUCCCCACGAAGGCGGAGUGACUCACAUGCAAGGUGGAAUCAGCGCUAUCACACUCCCUGCGGGAUAUUUGGGGUCUGCAAUCAUUGGCGCCCUCUUGAUCUUCGCCGGAUUUGAUAUUGUGGCAAGCAAAGUCGCCAGUAUUGUCCUCGGCGUCUGCUUUUUGUUGACCUUGUGGUGGGCUCGCAAGGAUUGGUUAACGAUCAUGACUAUCCUUCUUACAGUGGGUCUGCUGGUGGCUUGUUGGUUUAUUGCCCAUGGCGAGGCCUUGAGAUGGGUCGUGCUCUUCAUCGGUGUCAUGUCUGCUCUUUACAGCGUCUGGGAUAUUUGUGACGACUUGAUCCUUCGCAAGGUGAAUACUUCGGAUGCCAGCGUUUUUGCCAGCAAGUACGGCGGAUCCUCUCAGUGCUGGGGUGUGAUUUGGUCUCUCAUAUCCCUCAUUUUCAUGGCAAUUGGUAUCAUAGGUGGCAUCGCGGCUUUUCAUGAGUCUUUCAGUCAGCAGGAGGAUGACUCGAAGCAUUUUGUUCCUACUUAA